ACCUGACAAACUUCAACCGUUUGAUAAGUACAAGUAACGGAGGGAUGAACCAGCUGCGUCACACCAUCUCCAGCGCUUGGAUCAAGCUUGAUUUGUACAUUCCACUAAUCUGGGCCAAACAUUCCCGAAGAAGCAAUGAGUAACACAUCCUGAGGGAAGAUGGAACACAUACACCCCGCCGAAACGCACAAACGGACACGAGUGGGCCCCAAACGUGUUAAGACAGUUGCACAACACCAAAAACAAAAAAUUGAGCGUGGGAACCCGCCAGAUCAAUGAUCUGGAAUAUGAUCUAAGCGCCGAUAAUGCAUUUGCGUGUGACGUCAACCCAUACGCGACGACGAGCAAUAUUUGGGCAUUACUUGACACAACGGACAUGCAUACCCAAAUCGGACUUAUCUCUUUAUUUUUCGCUUUAUUUUCGUGUAUUUAUCCCGACCCCUGCCCUUGGUGCUCAACAACAACAUGCAUUGGCGUGAACCUUUUAUCUGGUCCAUCAGCGACAAAACACCCCUCGGGCUCCUUGGUGGGGUGGUGCUCGGGGUAUCUUUAGCAUGGUCUUCGUCAGCACUGAUGAACCUCCUAUUCGCGGGAGGAACGCCUGCGGCUGAUGAUGGCCUGCAGGCAGAGCCCGCCCCAGGUCCUAUCGAGGUGCAUGAGGAUGAGAUUCAAGCCAAAGGCAUAUCUGGGCUCGUAGGGAACACUCCACUGGUGCGCAUUAACUCUCUGAGUGAUGCUCUUGGGAUCGAAAUACUUGGGAAAGCUGAAUGGUUAAAUCCUGGUGGCAGCGUCAAAGAUAGAGUAGCAUUAAAAAUCAUCGAUAAUGCCGAACGAGAAGGGCACCUUAUUCCAUUUCAAGGCUCCACCAUUUUCGAAGGAACAGUUGGAUCGACGGGGAUUUCUAUCGCUACGAUGGCCAAAGCAAGGGGUUACAAUACUACUAUCGUCAUGCCAGAUGACGUCGCGGACGAGAAACACAAGGCCCUUCUGGCUUUGGGAGCACGAGUAGUCAAGGUUCGACCGGCUAGCAUAGUAGAUAAGAAGCAGUUCGUCAAUCUAGCGAGGGAAAUGGCACUCGAAUUCGGCGAGGUUCCCUUAGUUCACUCGACUGAUGUUGAGAUUACGAGGAUGGAUUCUGCCACUUCAUCCGACGACCCCACGCACAGGAACGCUCCUCGCGGUUUCUUCGCUGACCAAUUCGAGAACAAAGCAAACCACGAUGCACACUUUGAAGGGACGGGACCUGAAAUAUGGCGUCAGACGAAUGGUGGAGUGGAUGCUUUUGUCUCGGGGGCUGGGACUGGGGGGACUAUUGCCGGCGUUGGGGCGUAUUUGAAGAGCAUGAACCCUGACAUUAAGGUGGUUUUAGCCGACCCAGAAGGCUCAGGAUUGUACAAUAAAGUCAAGUAUGGUGUUCUAUUCGAUAAAAAGGAAAAGGAAGGAACGAAGAGACGACAUCAGGUUGAUACAGUCGUUGAGGGGAUAGGGAUCAAUCGCCUCACGAACAACUUCUCGCUCGCCCUCCCAAACAUCGAUGAUGCAUAUCGGGUCACAGACACCGAAGCGGUCGCAAUGUCCCGCUACCUCGUUGGACACGACGGGCUAUUCCUUGGUUCAAGCAGUGCAUGCAACCUCGUCGCUUGUGUCCGUCUCGCAAAAACUAUGGAGAAAGGUUCUACCAUCGUCACCAUCUUGUGCGACUCUGGGUCUCGACAUUACUCGAAGGUAAGGAACGACGAUUACCUUGAGAAAGCUGGAAUUCCUCACGACCCAAGCAUUAUUCGACGCUUACUGGCCUCGUAGACACCGUAGACACAUAGAACAUCGAAUCAGUUCUCACCAAUACGCUCAUUCCAUCCCACAGCAUUUCAGAAAGCGCCGCUUUAUCUGCUGCACUACACAUUGUUGCCCUCAUGAGUCAUACCAUACUAAUCACGAACAUGGCAUCUUCUGGCCCAGAAUUUAUUUACAAUGGCACUAGCUAGGAUAGGUACUUGUAUGUGUUGCAGUGGAAUACAAUAAACUGUUGUAAGAGAUAAUUUAAUGUUAGUG